ACUCAGUAAUUAUGGUGAUUAUGCCAAGACUUUUCUUUUUAUUUCAAACAAUGCCAUACAUACCAAAGUAUUUUUUUCAAUGAGUGAAAAACAUAAACUUCAUGUUCAACAUGGACAAUGAGUUAUUUCAUGAUCUUCAUUUUCCCUCUGCUGACUGUGACUGAUUAAGCACUUUGCAUCCGACAUUUCACAGUGAUCAAUCCAUCACUCAUGCUGGUAUUUCAUCUUACAUGAUAAAUAAACUUUGUCAUAGCAUUUAAAUUCAAUACUGUUAUACUUUCAUGACAACUUCAGUUUUUAAGUCAAAGAACCAAACUUAUGAAGCAUACUCCACAUUCUGUGUAAACAGUAUCAUGCCUGCCUAAAUACACACUUACUGAAGUCUCACAUGCAAGCACACACACACACACACACACACACACACACACACACACACACACACACACAUAUUAAACCUGUGACUGUUGAUCCCAUGGCAUUUGCAUUUAACUACUAUAAAUCUAGUGAUUUCAAAGGCAUCUGACUUAUUGUAUGUAUGGUUGCCAUAUGAUUACCAUCAAGGUGGGUACCUAUUCUCUCUGUCUUACUCUUUGUGUUGUUUGUUAUUCCUUAUAUUGAUAUAUCAUAGAAAGUGAAUCAAUAUAUUAUCAUUGUUGUUGCUGUUAUAUUAGUAAUUAUUAUUGAUAAACCACAUUCUAUACCCACAAUCUUUAAAGUAUUUCUUAAGACACAGAUGUUCUUAACUGAAAAAUGAAAUUAAUUGAAAAUUAAGACUUAUGAUUUAUCUUAUAUAAUCUAAUAUAAACUGUGACCUGUUUUUACAAUUUUGAUAACAUUAAAAACUACUCGUUCCAUUUAGAUCCUUUGGUUUCAGGGUCCUGGUACUGUGCAUGCCUGCAUACUGGGAUGAUUUACUGGGACACUUAAUGCAACAGAGCCACUGUUAAUGUUAUUGCACCAGUGCUUAACAUGAAAACAAAAAGUCGAUUUCAUAGCUUUGUAUAAUGUUUGAAUGGCUAAAAGGUUUUUCACACGGGCAUUUUUCAGAGCAGAUGUUUUGACUAGUAAUAGAAGGAAAGACACAAGCGUUACUAACAACAUCAACAACAGCUCUAUUCAAGUAUAUAUAAAUUAUUUAUAGAUAUAAAUUUACCAACAAAAUAAUAACUAAUAGUGUGCAUUGUUGAUAAAUACCCAGUGCAAAUGACAUUUAUUCAAAUUGUAUGGGUAUUUUUGGCCUGUAUGGGUCCAGAUCAGUGUUUUUUAUUUAACAUUGCAAAGCUAUAUUAUUAUUACAAGAGAUGCUUCUCUCAAGUUGGUGAUUUUUUUCUGAUCAAUAAUAUUCUAUUCUCCUCUAUUCUUACCUAACCUACAGUUAUCUCCAGUGAAACAAGUUUGGAGGACAUUUGACUCAUGAACGUUUCAAAUACUGGCAGGAAUUUCACAUCAGCUGUCUAUCGGGACACUUUAAACACAGCUAUAAUCAAGAAUGUGAUCACUGUGGUUCUCUGCAUCUCCAUCAACUAUAUCAACGGUACCCUGGUGCACACAUUCAGAAAGCAUGAGAUUUUCAAUAUAAACCCUCGCUACAUCCUGUACAUUCAUCUGGUAAUCAAUGAUAUAAUGCUGCUGACCAUGUUUACCCUCGUUCAAGUCCUGAGUUACAUCGUGUUCACUCUCAACGUCUCCUUGUGUAUAGUUUUGCUAAUGAUUGCUAUAUUUGCAAAUCUAAACAACCCCCUAACACUAGCUGUCAUGGCAAUAGAGUGUUACAUUGCCAUAUGCUUCCCUCUCCACCACACCCAAAUCUGUACUGUCAAGAAAACAUAUGUUGUGAUCGGCCUCAUAUGGGUGAUGAGUGCACUUUCAAUCCUGCCAGAUUUAUUUGUCACCUUGGCCACAGAGUCCCUGGAUUUCUUUCAUUCCAGAGUUUUCUGCCUUAGAGAAAGUGUUUUCAGAAACAGCUAUCUUACAGAGAAGAGAGAUGUAUCCUAUAUAGUGUAUCUGGUCAUUGUUUGGCUCACUCUUUUCUAUACAUACUUCAGGAUCCUUUUCGCUGCACAGGCAGCUUCUGCAGAUGCCAAGAAAGCAAGAAACACCGUCCUCCUCCAUGGUUUCCAACUGCUGUUGUGUAUGCUCACCUACGUUUUUCAUCUCAUCAUAAAUGGUCUGACGUACUUGUUCCCAAAAGGGGUACUGGCCAUUCGCUUCACUAUUGCGAUAUUUGUUCAGGUUCUGCCACGUCUCAUCAGUCCAAUUGUUUAUGGGCUACGAGACAAGACAUUUAGACAGUACCUGAAAAGAUAUCUGCUCUGUUCAACAGGUGCUAAGACUCAUCCAAAACUUUAAAGAGGCCAUU